GAUUGAUUCCGGUGUCCACAGAUCGCUUAUCAAGUAAACUCAUGAGGUAAGAUUGCAAUCUCAAGGGACGAAAUUUUCCCAUAAUUUGUACGAACGACCUCGUACUGCGCCAGUUCGCAUGGGGAUCUGUGCCGUUCUUCGGAUCUGGAUCUUCUGUUGACCUGCGUCGUCUCCAGGAAGCAGAAGUGAGUGAUAGAAAAAGUUAAGAAGAGAAGCUGCACGCCAAUCCCGAUCACUUUCCCACACCACCACCGGCUGCAGAGCAGCAGCAGCAACCAGCAGCAGCAACACACAUGGCAGCUCCUCCUCCUCCUCCUCCUGCUCCAACCCACCAAUCCCUCCUCCUCCCUCUACCUCCCUCCCCCACCCCGUUGAUGAAGCUGCUCGCCGUCUCUCUCCUCUGCUCCCUCUCCUUCAUCCUCGGCUCCUACACCAAGUACUCCGCCACCGUAUCUCCUACGCUUCGAGCUCCCCACUUGUCGCCCUCCCGCUGCCUUCCUCUCCCACUCAACUACUCCGCCGCCAAGCCCCUCGACUUCGAGCCUCACCACACCAUCCCUCUUCCUCUGCCUCGCCAGCAGGCCGCCCGUCUCUUGGCCCCCUGCCCCAAGAACUACACCAACUACUGCCCCUGCCAGGACCCAUCGAGGCAAAAGAGAUUCGCCGUCGAGAGGUUCUUCCACCGGGAGAGGCAUUGCCCCGAGACCCACGAGCGGCUCCGGUGUCUGGUGCCCAGGCCGGUGGGAUACAAGAGCCCCUUCCCCUGGCCCAAGAGCAGAGACUAUGCCUGGUUCAAGAACGUGCCCUUCCCCAGGCUCAUCGUCUACAAGAAGACCCAGAACUGGGUCAAGUUGGAGGGGGACCGCUUCUUCUUCCCUGGUGGAGGGACUUCGUUCCCGAUGGGUGCCAAAGGCUAUGUGGAUUUGGUCAAGCGGGUCGUGCCUUUGAAGUCCGGGGCUAUAAGGACUGUGCUUGAUGUUGGUUGUGGGGUUGCAAGCUUUGGAGCUUCUCUGUUGGAUUUCAACAUCAUUACUAUGUCAAUUGCUCCAGUAGACAUACAUGAAGCCCAAGUACAAUUUGCCUUGGAGAGAGGACUUCCAGCGAUGCUCGGCAUACUAAGCACCUACAGAUUACCGUACCCAUCAAGAUCUUUUGAUAUGGCUCAUUGUUCUCGCUGUCUUGUUCCCUGGACUAAUUAUGAUGGACAAUAUCUGAUGGAAAUCGACAGGGUGCUGCGCCCCGGUGGUUAUUGGGUGUUAUCUGGACCGCCUAUAAGUUGGAGGACCAGCUACAAGGGUUGGCAAAGAAAGGCCAAGGAUUUGGAAAACGAGCAAAAUAUUCUGGAAGAUCUUGCCAGGAGGCUGUGCUGGAAGAAGAUUGCUGAAAGGGGACCUAUCGCCGUUUGGAGAAAGCCUACCAACCACAUGCAUUGCAUCCAAAAGUUGAAGGCUUGGAAGUCACCCAAAUUAUGUGCUCAGGGUAAUCCAGAUGCUGGUUGGUACACAAAGCUAGAAACAUGCAUCACUCCUCUGCCGAAUGUCAAAGACAUCCAUGAUACAUCAGGCGGUACCCUUGAGAAAUGGCCGAAAAGAUUAAAUACUGCUCCUCCAAGGACUAGAAGUGAGAUGGCAGAACGAAUUGCAACUAAGGCCUUCAAUGAAGACAAUCAGUCAUGGAGAAAGAGAGUUUCUUAUUAUGAGAUAAUUCUUAAAUCCCUUGCCCGAAGAAAAUAUAGAAAUAUUAUGGAUAUGAAUGCUGGCCUUGGAGGAUUUGCUGCUGCACUGGCUAAGUAUCCAGUUUGGGUGAUGAAUGUAGUCCCAUACGAUGUGAAGAAUAAUACGCUCGGCAUUAUCUAUGAGCGCGGCCUUAUUGGAACAUACAUGAACUGGUGCGAGGCCUUCUCUACAUAUCCUCGGACUUAUGAUUUGAUUCAUGCCAAUGGUCUGUUCAGCAUGUACAUACACAAGUGUGACAUUCUUGACAUCCUCCUCGAGAUUCAUCGGAUUCUCCGCCCUGAAGGUGCUGUGAUUAUAAGGGAUCAUGUCGACGUAAUUGUCAAAGUGAAAGAUACAAUGGAUCGAAUGAGGUGGAAUGGCAAGGUAUUUCACAGCGAGAAUGGGCCGUACCAUCCUGAAAAGGUUCUUCUCGUCGACAAUUCCGAGCCGAUAAGUUCGUGAGUCAUUUGUGUACAGCAUAUUCGACGAAGCAGAGCAUCUGUCUCGUCAUAGGCCUAGACGUUACCUCGAUUUGGUGCACAUCCAUUUGGAGCUCUCGAGAGGAAGCUACUGGCAAGGUGUCUUGGAAGAGGCACUGAUCCAUUGAGAAAUCAUAUGCCAAGAAGUUUCUGAUCAUCGAUAUUGGCUGGCAAAUGCCAGCCAAACAUCCUGACUAUAUCGACGUACUUAUUAAUUCUUGGUUUACCCGGAUGAUUAAAUGCUAUAUGAAUGUGUCACCGGCUGAUACUUUACAUCACGAGCCGGGCGGCGCUUAGACCUCAAUUUACAAUCAUUGGUCUAUGUUUGUUGCAUUUCUAGCGUA